UGUAGAGUAUCAGUGUGUGUUCGCUGCUCUUUUAUACUCCCUCUCUUUCACAUCUUUCAGAAGUGAGUGCCACAUGGGUUUAUUUUUAGCCAGCCACCUCCGCUGCCAUACUGCUCCAGUACAGACAUGCCUGCUAUCUGUUCAAUUAUUCAGUCUAUGGUGGGAAGGAAGGAUACUACUAAGUGUAGAGCAGCAGCGCCAGAUGAAUUUGCAGUCAUAUAUGGUCCAAAUGGUUCUACUGGGAGUAAUUUGCACUUUUGGCCUUUUUAAUGAGUAAACACCACUGCCCACAACAAUCAAAUGCAAAGAACAGGUUAACCCCCCACUCUGGCUGUCUGCUCACUGAAUAUCAAGAGAAUUUCAUUCCUCACAGUACAACAGCGACCUGCGCUGCUAUUAAACCAGAGAGUAAGUGGCAGCCGCUAGAAGGAGAGAUGGAAAACAAGACUACAUUCAGACUAGACUACGUACCACACCAUGUGAUCAGAAGAUCCCCCAAAGCAGGAAAGCAGCUUUACAUUCCUCCUGAUGGCACCAUGAUGUUGACCAGCACAUAUACAGAAGACUACAGAGAGCAUCAGGUGCAUAAGUUACUGGUGAACAAAAAAACUGAGAAAUACUGUAAUCCAACUGCAAAGAUGGCACCAAUGUCUCUGUACAAAGAACAAUUUAAACCAUGGUGUGUAGAAAGACUUAGGCCUUUCAAAAUCACUGAUAACUUGCAACUGAACCAAGGCAAGUUUGUGAACACCACAACCUUCCAAGAUGAUUAUUCUGCCAAGGGCUCAACCUCACCCAGGAAGAACUUCAAACCAAUUACACAGAUUGUGGAGUCUCUGCCUUUCGAUGGAACCACCAACUACAAACUCAACUACAUUACUCACCCUGUACAGUCAAGAAAGCCUAAGACAAAGAAGUACAGACCGCCCAGUGCUUCUUUUCAUGGAGAGUCAACCUAUAAACAGGAUUUUAAGGGCCUUCGCACAGAGGCACCUAAGCCUAUAAAACCAGUAGGUAACAUGGACUUUCUACACAAAUGCCAGCGCAUUCAACGCGUUGAGCCUCUGAUCCACGCCUGGGAAAAAGUCAAGAAACCUUUUCAGGGAACAUCCGUCAUGAAAGAGGACUACCAACCAUGGGAUGCAGCACAUCAAACAUCCAUCAUGCGUGUUCCAGAAACAGCCAAGUCAUUAGGACCUUCUCGAUCAGAGAAGACAGUUCUCAGGUACAAUGACAAGCUCAAAGCAAGAGAGCAGCCCAAUACCUGCAUGACUCUGUCCAUGCACAAUGAAGAACCUGUGUUGAAGGACUCCACCAGGCACAGAGGGGAGGCAAUAAAAUCCUACCCAGCAAGCUUAGCACAGCCACCAGGAUUUGAGUACACUGGUACUAAAGCAGGUCAUAAGUUAUAUCACCCUGUAGGAGACCAAGAAACUUCACGCAAAGAGUUAACAUCUUUUCAGAGGCAAAAGAUCUGCCCCCGUAGUGAAAGUUUAAAAAAGUGAAAGUGUGAAUCAACUUACCUUGAAUAAAAGUAGAUUUGUUAACAUUCUGUGUUGUCUGACCUCAGUCUCUGCAUCAAUAAUCCAUAUAAUGCUCCA